CUCUGGAACGCCGGCAUCUUGAUGGCUGAAAGAGUCAGUGGGCAACGGCUGCUGAAUGAACAAGAAGAGAAGCAAUGGGCUGUCGAGGGACACAAUGUGCUUGAGCUUGGAGCAGGUGCGGGCUGAAAGAUAUCAGCAUCAAGAGCAAGGACUGAUGAAUCAUAUGGCAGGCGUGGGCCUCGUUGGAAUUGCCAGCACCCUGGCUGGUGCCACCCAUGUAUGCAUCUCGGACUACCCAGCCCAGGUCGUACUCGACAACAUCAAACGAAACGUCAAGCACAACGUACCAGAGACAAUUGUCGCAAAGGCAAGGGUACAAGGUCAUCCGUGGGGUGUCCUAGAUGAUGACUUUGCUAGAGCAAAUGCUCGCAAGUUCAGUCGAGUGAUGGCUGCAGACUGUUUCUGGAUGCCAUGGCAGCACGAGAACCUGGCAUCAUCCAUGCUUCACUUCCUGUCUGACGACCCGGAAGCUCGAGUGCUUGCGAUGGGAGGAUUCCAUACCGGCCGAGCAAAGCUGGCAGCAUUCUUCGAUGUGGCUUCAGAAAAGGGACUCGAGGUACAAGAGAUCUAUGAGGAAGACGAUCAAGGCAAUAGACGAGAAUGGGUCAAGGAGAAGGACGGCGGAAGGGAAAAUGUGACUGAGCGAAAGAAAUGGCUCACCAUUGCCAUCUUGCGGCGAGGAGAGGAGCAAAGGCUUUGAGACGCUAUUAGACACUGCCGGCUCAUGGCAGUAAUUCAGCAUAGAGUAGAGUCGUUGAGGUUUCUCGAGUUAAACAUAACAAUCAUCACGAAUUCGAAAGAGGAUGAAUGAAAGAUAGAUUGACAAGCAGAACGAUGACCCUGGCCGGCAGAUGGCAUCGGGCAGGCAUGCAGCCGAGCAAGGCGUGAAC